UAACCUGACACGAGGUGUAUGAACACCCGUGUUAUAACAACCGAGGAUAAAGCAAGUUACAUUUAUUCAAGUGGCCAAGAACUCGUACAGUAGUGGCAGCAAUAAUCUUCGAACUUUGUAUCAAUACGAAUACGUGUUAUGUAUAGAUAUUAAGUUUCAUUAGAGUAGAUCAAUAUGUAUAGUAGGGUGAGGGAAAUGGGACUCCUUUUUAUUCUAUUUUCUCGUCUCAUUUCGGAAUAAACAAAGAAUAUUAGACCGUUGUUAACUGUUUAAAACUCUAUCAGGAUAUUGGGAUAUUAUGUGCGAAAAGUUUUCCGUCUUUCCCCACCCUUCUAUAUAUGAUUGUUUUAGUAAAUAUUCUGAACCACGCAGUAAUUUGGUAUUUACAGACAUGCAUCGCAGAACGGUUAAUACUUGUAGUGGCUUAUUAAUUCAAUAUUUACAGUUAAAUAAUUAACUUGUUAACUGCACAACAUGCGCUGCCUCGACGGGUAGUAAACUGGAGUAGAUAAGUGUGUAGAAAAAAAAAAGCCAAACAGAUAAGAAAAGUAUAUCGUAUAAGUUUAUUUUAUUUUAAAUAAGUCAACCUGUCUACAGUUAAACUAUGGAACACUCGAAUUCAGCCAUUAACCAUUUAGCAGCAUUAAUAUUGGCAAGAGGAGGCAGCAAAGGCAUUCCAAUGAAAAACAUUGUCAACGUUGGUGGUCUUCCUUUGAUUUGCUGGGUGCUCAGAGCCGCAGUAGAUAGCAAUGCGUUUGAUAGUAUCUGGGUCUCUACCGACAGCGAUGAGGUUGCAGAAGUUGCAAGUUCAUAUGAAGUGGUGAAAAUUCACCGACGGUCAGACGAAGUUUCUAAAGAUAACACCUCGUCGAUGGAAAGCACGCAAGAGUUUCUUAAUUAUCAUCCUGAGAUUGAUGCGAUAGGAUUGUUACAAGCUACCACGCCAUGUAUACAACCAAGCCAACUACUAUCUGCUGCUGAAAUGAUAAAAUUUGGUGGAUUUGAUUCCGUUUUUUCGGUUGUUAGACGACAUUUUUUUAGGUGGAAAGAAGUCAAACAAGGUGACGUCACACACCCAUUAAACUUUGACCCAUCACACCGACCAAGGAGACAGGAUUGGGCAGGAGAGCUGUGCGAAAAUGGUGGAUUCUAUUUUGCAAAAACUUCAGUUGUAAGGCAAGGAUUAUUCCAGGGGGGGAGGACAGGUUACCAAGAAAUGCCCCACGAACACAGUGUUGACAUAGAUACACCAUUUGACCUCGUCGUUGCUGAUUACGUGAUAAAUAAAUAUGGAUACAAAGGAAAGUGAAGUAAACAAUGAAAUAAUGUUACUGUUGGGACAUAUUUGCUUAUACAAUUCUCAACAUUUUUACUAAAGUCAAUAUUUGUCCUUAGUUUAUUAGUUUAAAACUCACACCUAAGAAAUACUGGCUUUGUUUUGGUGAAUGUGUGUUCGCAUAAUAGCAAUGACUUGGUUGGAUCAGUUGUUGAGUUCCUUACAUAUUAUGAACAUACUUUAACAUGAAGCAAGUGUGGUGUUAGUUGAUUGAAUAUGUUUGAUUUAGGUUUGCUAGAAAAUAGUUUCAAGGUUGCGUGACACAUGUUAACGCAGUCUGAUUAUCAUUAUGAAUAUUUUAUGACAAAUCGGUUUUCAUUGAAUUUAAUAGCCUUUAUAACUGGCAUUUUCCUACACAUUUUAUUCAUAUCAUGUUUUACAACUGUUGUUUUGCUGCGAAUUCCUUUCUCUUUGUUCUUAUAUUAUUUUAUCUACGAUAAUUACCGAGUUUUAAAUUUUAAUAUUUUACAUGAGGUGUUAUAUAUAUAUAUACAGCCAUGCCAAACAUAUUUACCGCAUAUUAAAAAUACCCUUCUGCCAGGCAGCUGUAUAAUCUUAUCCAACCGUACAUGGAAAAUGAAACAAAAAUGGAAUCGCUUUUAUUUUCAUUUGAAACAUUACUUUUAAAACCUGUACCAGUUGGCACAUUACCAUGUUACAAGUUUGCAACUUAAUGUUAAUAGCAAUGAAGUGAAACAUUUGUAACAUAAGAACAAAUUAGUUGUAAAUGUUUGGGUUUCAUCAUAUUGGACUCCGAUAGAAUAUUUCUAGCAUGAUUGUACAG